AUGGAGCCCGCUCCGCUCUUUCGCUCUCCCAAAAGGAGGGUGGCCUACUUCUACGACACUGAUGUCGGCAACUUCAGCUACGGCCUGGGACACCCCAUGAAGCCCCACCGCAUGCGAAUGGCCAACAACCUCAUCACCAACUACCAGCUGCACAAGAAGAUGGACGUCUUUCGGCCGAAACGAGCCACUCCGGAGCAGAUGACCCGCUUCCACACCGACGAGUACGUCGACUUCCUGCGCAAGGUCACGCCCGAGACUGUGCAGGAGCUCUCGGCAGAAGGCACACGAUACCUCAUCGGCGAGGACUGCCCCGCCUUCGACGGCCUCUUUGAGUUCUGCAGCAUCUCUGCGGGGGGCUCCAUUGGCGCCGCGUCGAAGCUCAAUUCGGGCGAGGCCGACAUCUCGAUCAACUGGGGCGGCGGCCUCCACCACGCAAAGAAGCGCGAGGCCAGCGGCUUCUGCUACGUCAACGACAUCGUUCUCGCCAUCCUCGAGCUGCUGAGGGUCCACCUCCGCGUGCUGUACAUCGACAUCGACGUUCACCACGGAGACGGCGUCGAAGAGGCUUUCUACUCGACCGACCGGGUCAUGACGGCCUCGUUCCACAAAUUUGGCGACUUCUUUCCCGGCACGGGCGACGUCAGGGACAUCGGCGUCAAGAAGGGCAAGGGCUAUUCGGUCAACGUGCCGCUGCGAGAUGGCGUUGGCGACGAAGAGUUCAAGGGCCUCUUCCACCCCAUCAUCCAGCACAUCAUGGACUGGUACCGGCCCGGCGCCGUCGUCCUGCAGUGCGGCGCCGACUCGCUGGCCGGCGACAAGCUCGGCUGCUUCAACCUGUCGAUGCGCGGCCACGCCGACUGCGUGUCGUUCCUCAAGUCGUUCAACGUGCCCCUGAUAUGCCUCGGCGGUGGCGGCUACACGGUCAGGAACGUGGCGCGGACCUGGACCUACGAGACCGGGUUGCUGGUCGGCGAGGAGCUCAGCGAGGACCUGCCGUUCAACGACUAUAUUCAGUACUUUGGACCCGAGUACAAGCUCGACGUGCCGCGGACCAGCAUGGACAACCUCAACAGCAAAGAGUACCUGGACAAUCUGAGGUCCAAGGUCAUCGACAACCUGCGUUCGAUGCCGUUUGCCCCGAGCGUGCAGAUCCAGGAGACGCCGCGCAACUCGAUCAACCCCGCCGACGUCGAGAUCUCGGACGACGAGGACUCGGACCUCGACGAGCGGAUCUCGCGCAAGCUGCGGGACGCCCACAUCCAACGGUACGACGACGAGCUCUCGGGCGACGAAGAGUCGGACCGGGAGCCGAUGUCCGAGGACGAGGCAGAAGGAUCGUCGAGGCGGAGCAUAUCGAGAGGUGCGGGCGCGCGAGCCUCUGCGCCGUCGAUCCUCAAGCCGCUCGCUUCGUCGGCGGCGGCGACCUUCGACCACGACCUGGCGUCGCGCUACAUGUCGCAGAACGGCGUCGGGGCGGCCAGGGGCAAGGGUAGAGCGAAGCGGACAUUCUUUUCUCGUCGCGCCGCGGCGCCCGUGCUGGCCGACUUGCAGCUGCACGACGCAGACCAUGCGGACGGCCCGGGGCCUGGCGGUCACUACUCGUUUGGACGAUCGGGCCAGUCGAUGACGACGGCGCAGCUGAUCGCCGCUGCUGUCGGUAGCAGCCACCACGGAGGUCUGGCCGCCGACGGACGGGAUGCGACACCGGCAUCCGAGUUUGAGUCGGGCACGCCGGCGCUCAAUAGCUCGGCGUACGGAGGCAACGGCAACGGGCCGAGAAGGGGGGCCAACGGCCAUGCGCCAAACGGGACCGGCGGCGGCGGCAAGCGGCUGGUGGCGGGGGCUCACUGA